AUGGCCUUGAUCAUAUAUUUCAUUCUUUUAACCUCUCUCCAAACAUGUUCAGUUUUAGCGCAACAAAGGAACGGUUCAGUACCGGUUGGUGCGUCCCUCACAGCGCAAGACGGUGUUGAACAAUGGCUCUCACCUUCGGGUGAUUUUGCCUUUGGAUUCAAACAAAUUCAGGGAGAAGAUUACUUUGUGUUAUCCAUAUGGUAUGCCAAAAUACCUGACCAGACCAUCAUCUGGUAUCCACAAACAACUCCCACGGUUUCUAGAGGAUCGAAAGUUGAGCUAAUCAAUAGGCGUGGGCUCGUACUCAGUGAUCCCCAAGGCAGAGAGCUGUGGAGUUCCAGAUCCUUCUCAGAUGUUGCAUAUGGUGUUCUGAAUGAUACAGGUAACUUUGUGAUCGUUGACAACAAUUCCAACAACAUAUGGGAAAGUUUUGGUUAUCCAGCAGAUACCAUUUUGCCUACUCAGGUUUUGGAGAUAGGGGGGGUGAUCAAUUCAAAACUGAGUCAAACAAACUUCUCUAGAGGAAGGUUCCAGCUUCAGCUACAACAAGGAGGGAAUCUUGUUCUUCAAUCUCGAGAUAUAGCCUUUGAUUUCACUUAUGCGCCUUACUAUGAGACUCAAACCAACGAUCCCUCAAAUUCAUCUAAUUCUGGUAGCCAAUUGAUCUUUGACGCAACAGGUUACAUGUACAUACUCAGAAGAAAUGGCCAAAGACUUGAGCUUACUUUUAGCAUAACAUUUUCUACUGAAAAAUAUUAUCACCGAUGUACUCUAGAUUCUGAUGGGGUUUUGACUUUGUACAUCCACCCCACGAAUCCCCCUCAGAAUGCAAGCUGGGAAAUUAUAUGGUCUCAGAGUGGUAACUUAUGUUCUCAUGUUGGUGGGCAGGCAGAUAGCAAGGCUUGUGGGUUUAACAAUGUUUGUAACCUUAAAACCGAUCGGCCAAAUUGUGAAUGUCCACAAGGGUUUUCGUUGCAAGAUCCAAAUGAUCCAAAUGGUGACUGCAAGCUUGAUUUUACUCCAAGGUGUGAUGAAGGUGAGUCUAAUGAAGACAUAGAUUUUAUUGAGCUUAACAAUGUUAAUUGGCCAAUGGCUGACUAUAUGCGUAUCUCACCAAUUGAAGAACAAGACUGCAUAAAUAACUGCAAAGAAGAUUGCUUUUGUGCUGUUGCAAUCUACAAUAAUAUAGAUUGUUGGAAAAAACAGCUUCCACUUCUCAAUGGAAGAAGAGAAACUUCAGAAAUUAGCAAGGCGUUAGUAAAAGUUCGUAAAGGUGAACUACCUCCUGAUAUCCCCAUUAAGUAUCCUAGAGAAAAGAAAGAUAAUAAAACUUUGAUGACCAUAAUAUCAGCCCUCUUAGGUAGCUCUGUGUUUGUAAAUGUCAUGUUAAUAGGUGUAAUUUGUCUUGGUUUCUUCAUGAACAACCGGAAGAAGGCAAAAAAGCAUGAUCCAAGUAAUAAAGUUGUCCAUACCAAUCUUCUUCAUUUUACAUAUCAAGAGCUAGUAGAAGCAACAAAUAUGUUCAAGGAAGAACUGGGAAAAGGGGCUUUUGGGAUAGUUUAUAGAGGUGUAAUAGGAACAAACACCGUUGCGGUGAAGAAGUUGGAUAGGGUUUUUGAUGAUGGCGAAAAAGAAUUCCAGGCUGAGGUGAAUGCUAUUGCAAGAACUCACCAUAAAAACUUGGUCCAGCUUCUUGGCUAUUGUGACGAAGGUGAGCAGCGGUUAUUGGUUUAUGAGUACAUGAGUAAUGGUACACUUGCAAACUUUCUUUUUGGAGAUAGCAGACCCAGUUGGAAGCAUAGGAGCAAUAUAGCAUUUGGCAUUGCAAAGGGACUUUCAUACCUUCAUGAAGAGUGUAGCACCCAAGUCAUCCAUUGUGACAUCAAACCUCAAAAUAUACUUCUUGAUGAGUACUACAAUGCUAAGAUUUCUGACUUUGGUUUAGCAAAGCUUUUGAUGAUGAAUGAGAGUCGAACAAAUACCGGAAUAAGAGGAACCAAAGGUUAUGUUGCUCCUGAAUGGUUUCGGAACACUCCUGUUACAAUUAAAGUUGAUGUCUAUAGUUUUGGUGUCUUGUUACUAGAGAUCAUUUCUUGCCGAAAGAGCGUGAAGGAAAAUGAAAGUGAUGUUGAAUAUGGAGCAAUCUUGACAGAUUGGGCUUGGGACUGCUAUGAAGAAAGGAAUUUGGAUGUAUUUGUAGAUAAUGAUUUGGAGGCCAUUGUUGAUUACAAGAAGCUAACUACAUUUGUGAUGGUGGGUCUUUGGUGUGUGCAAGAAAACCCGUCUCUAAGGCCAACCAUGAGGAAGGUCAUUCAGAUGCUCGAAGGAGUUAUUGAAGUUUCUGAACCUCCAUGUCCAUCCCCUUUCUCUAUUACCUCCAUUGAUGAGUAAUUCAAAGUAAGGAACAAGUCAUUAGGUUUUCGAAUUGAAUAAGGUCGAUAGCCAAGUUGUUAGAAGUGAGUUCGUGUCUUAUGCUUUGUUAGUUAGCGAAUAUUUUGUUUCUCUAUUUAACAUUUGUACAUCUGUACUCAAGUAUGCAAUAUC